AUGGCCGAGCAAGUCGAUCUUACGACCAUCCCCAUUUCGCCCGAUGGCGGGAACAAGCCUGAUGGCGCUGCCGCCGAUACUACCGGAGACGGCAAGCCGGUGACCGUCUUCCACGAUAAGGACAACUUCAAUGUCAAGCACCCGCUCUCAAAUCGGUGGACUCUCUGGUUUACCAAGCCCGCAAGCGGAAAGGGCGACAACUGGAACGAGUUAUUGAAGGAAGUCAUUACGUUCGAGUCUGUGGAGGAAUUCUGGGGCAUUUACAACAACAUCACCCCCGUGUCAGACCUCGCCCUUAAAUCGGAUUACCACCUCUUCAAGGAGGGCGUACGGCCAGAAUGGGAGGACCCACAAAACAAGCACGGCGGCAAAUGGUCGUUCCAGUUCAAGGAGAAGCGGGCGGUCAACAUUGACGAACUUUGGUUGCAUACUAUGCUUGGUGCGAUUGGUGAGACUUUGGAGGAGGAGGAGGACGGUGAGGUGAUGGGAGUUGUGGUGAACGUCCGCAAGGCGUUCUUCCGUAUCGGUGUCUGGACUCGCACCACAGGCCGUCACGUCCCAGGCCGUGGCGAUGGCGAUAUUGCCGGUGGCAAAGGCCGCUCGCCUGAGAAGGGCAAGGAAAUUCUGAUGUCUCUUGGGCGUCGGUUUAAGGCUGUUCUCAAUUUGCCACCGAACGAGAUGCUCGAGUUCUCGGGUCACACGGACAGCGCUCACAGCGGCAGUACACGCGCAAAGGCAAAGAUGGUGGUCUAA